AUGUUUCUCAACUCCUCGCUGCACGGAGCUUGCAUAGCUCCAUUCUAUGAUGCUUCUCUAUUUCCUUCCGGGGGCGGUUNNGUAUAUAUCGGCGGCCGUCUUUGUUCACAGCAGAGUCAAGAUCCAACUUCCCCGUUAUGUUGUCUGCCUUGUCCAGCAUCAUACUGGGCUUAUUCGGACAGUCAAUUUUAUANNACUUUGAGCACUACAGNNCUCGCCUUCGUGAUACCGUUAGGAGCGGAGCCUGAACAGUGCUAUGAUGGUAUCACGCCAAACGACAUGUACACUUCCAUGACAUGUGCAUGGUCUGGAGCAUUUUUGCUGGCUGGAGCGCUCGCAGGAUCCAUGUGGAUUNUUGCAUACUGCCUCCGUGUCUUCUUCAACAGUCUUUGGGAAGACAGCGCAAGACCGGUAUCUCAUGGAUCGGCGAAGAGUUUGCCAAUGUCUGUGAUGAGUGCCAAAUCACAGCGAGCGCGGGUCAUCUACCGUCGACUCAAGAGCGUGCUGUACCUGCAAUGGCGCGGCAUGCUAAUCGUCACCAUCGUCCUGGUAGACGUCAUCUUCUUCGCCGUCGUAUUCGUCUAUCUCGACAAGAUCGAAGUGUCCAUGCUGCACGACUACACACGAGUGCUGCCCUGGGUUGUCUGUCUGAUCGAAAACGGCGGCAACCGAGACCAAUGCUUCAAAUACAGCCACAAGUGGCUAAUCAGCGAACCCACCAUCGGCGCCAUGUUGAUCAUGAUCUCACUCCUAGGAAUCGAACUCUUCGUCCUCCUCUUCCGCUGGUCGCUAAUCACCGGCUGGAAAGAGCGCUGGACAGCACUAACAAAAGGCAAACCCCAAGAAUUCAUCUCUUUGGAUGCAAGGAAACCUCCAUUCGAUCCCAAUCCACCGACCUACGAGUUAAGAAAGUUGGGAGGUCGUCUGCAGAUCGAUUACUCGGACCGUAAGAGCUGGGAUCCGCAUACCAUGCGUCCGACUUCUCCUAACAAUCUGCUAGACGAUCAUAACGCCACGACGCCAAAUAGUCCUGCUCCGAUAUACUCGCCUCCGCAGAGGAGGGAACAGCAAGAAGAAGAUGAUGUGUCGCCUAUCACACCGCUAGAAAUGCAAACAAGAAGAUGCACCUCUCCCACGCCUGUGAGAAAUUUCUCGAGCCCGAGGAUACGCAAUGCGCAGGGAGAGAAGACGAUGGCUUGGGACCCUGCCACCUCGUUUGCGAGCAGUGAUCCUGGGAUUGCAUUUGCGAGUAGUGGGGCUAGACACAAGGUUACGCCAUCUCUACCACCACCGACUGAGUUUGAGGGAAGGCCAUACUCACCGCCUGGUCAAGCCUUGUAA